ACAGCGCUGAGCUACGGACAUCCGCCUCAACAUUAUGGAGUAGUUACUAUGCAACCGGACUUGAAGCACUUUGGUAUCCCUUGCCAUACAACCCAUUGACCACUCAUUAUCCCAGUUGGUGAUUCCGGACUCCGGAAUCAUCUACUCACGGCGCCCCAUAAGCAUUGUCGGGCCUGCCCCCUUGGCACCGAACGUCUUGAGGUCGUUGUCAACUAUGAUCGGUGUGAUUCUAUAUGCGGCUCUGCUGCUGCAACUUACUGCGGCAGUCAAUGUAACCGUCGAUCUUGGGUAUGCCAGGUACAGAGGCAAAAGCAUCGGGAACGGCAUCAAUCGUUGGGCUGGCAUGCGUUACGCAAGAAGCGUCUCUCGGGUCGACGGAUUGCGUUUCACUGCGCCACAGGAGCCUCUCGCAGAGUUAAACAAGGUGACCACGGAUGCAAGCAAGUUCGGGCCCUUGUGCAUCGGCUCUGAGAGCGAUCUCAAAGCAGAAUUUGGAAGCAAGUGGUCAGAAGACUGUCUGUUUGUCAACGUCUUUGCGCCUUCCGCGGCCACCAACACGAGCAAGCUCCCGGUCUAUGUCUUCAUCCAAGGAGGCGGCUUCAACGUCAACGGCAAUGCAAACUACGAUGGCGCCGAUCUCAUUGAAGCUGCACGCGGGGACAUGGUGGUCGUCAACUUCAAUUACCGAGUCGGACCGUACGGGUUCCUCGCCAGUAAGGAGGUUGAGGCCAAUCGGACGCUGAGUCUCAACAAUGGACUGAAGGAUCAACGACUCCUACUUGCAUGGGUACAGAAAUAUAUUCACGAGUUUGGCGGAGACGCGGACCACGUCACUCUUGGUGGAGCCAGUGCUGGUGGUGGUUCAGUCGUGUUACAACUCACGGCUUUCGGUGGACGAAAUGACAACCUCUUCCACGCCGCUGCCGCUGAAUCAGCCGCAUUUCCGCCACUACGAGAUGUCGAACAGAGCCAGUGGCAAUACGAUGCCUUACUUGCUCGAUCAGGCUGUAAGGAUAUUGCCUGCUUGAGUUCCCUUGAUGCUGUCACUUUCCAGGCCGCAGUCCGAAGUCUCAAGCUCCCUUUCCCUGGAGGCAAGAAUCCACCAAUUUACUUCUGGAACCCAACUCUGGACUACGACUUCAUCCAGAAUUACACAUAUAGCGAGCUUAAGAAUGACCGCUACGUCAAAUUGCCCACCAUCUUCGGCGACUCUACCAACGAGGGCAUCAACUUCACGCCAAAAACCAUUUCCAACUACGAUCGAGCCCGCCAAUUCAUCGUCGACCAAUUCCCUGCCGCCGACUGGGCCAAGAUCCGCACAGUGUGGAAUAGUCCCAUGAACGCACCCGCCGAUGCCCGCUGGCGUGCGCUCGCCUCAGAUGUCUACGGCCACAUCCGCUACAACUGUCCAAACUUGAACAUGUCCGCUGUCUACGCCGAAAACAACACGUACCCGACCUAUCAGUAUCGGUGGAACGUUGGUGGUGCCGCGCACGUGGGCGAGUUGCCGUCUAUCUGGGGGAACGGGACCACAGCCUCUGCUGUGUUCAUGCAAGCGUAUUGGGCGAGUUUCAUUCGCAGCUAUGAUCCAAAUAAGUACACAGCGGAGUUUCUCGUGUCAAAAGGCCAUGAAAUCGAUAACCCCGAAUGGACCACGUUCGCGAACCAAACUGGAGGUCUUGGGAACAGGUUAAGGUUUGGUGAUGACAACAUUGUUGUGAUGGAGCAAGUUGGUAAUACGGAGUGGGAGAGAUGCAAAGUGAUCUCGAACAUGGGGUUGCAUCUGAAACAACCGACGAGUGAUGGCUUACGUGUCUUGCCACUUACCUCGGGGCUUUAUAUGACGAUCGGUAUUAUACUGCUCCAGUGGUUUUGUCCUUGAGGAUAGCCAAUCCUGAAGCGGACCCAUGAUCUCUGGAGCCGAAUAAUAUGUCGAUGCAUCACCUAUCAAAAUAGCCACAAGACACCACUUGGUUUGUUGGACAUCA